AUGGAUGAAACGAUGAGAAAUAUAAGAAUGAAAAACGAAGUUUUGAAAAAUUAUAUAAUAGAAGAAGAAAGAGAUAAGAAUUAUAAUAAAAGAAUCGAUAUGAUUGAUGAAAUUUUAAAAGAAAAUCAAAAUUUUAUUGAUAUAUUAAGUACAGAAUUAGAAUAUUUGGUGAGUUGGGUGAUAAGAGAUAGUGAUUUUAUUGGAAAAAAUGGGACAAGAUUUAGUGCGAAAUUUGAAGUUACGAAAGAGAAUGAAUUUAAGAUUUUAUUAAGAUGUUUAUUAAUAGGUAUAAUUUUAAUAGAAAAAGGUAGCGAUGUUCUGUUGGGAAUUGAUGAAAAAGUUAGGAGAUGUUUAGAAAAUUUUAUGAAAAAUUUAAGUAAUAGGAAAAGGAUAGACGAAGAUUAUUAUUUAGAAAUGUUGGCGAUUGAAAAAUUUUUACAGGAUGAGGAUAUGAAAUUGGAUAUUUUAGGACAUUCAGAAUUAGAAAAUAUAUUAGAAGAAAAGAGAGAAAUGGGAAAAUUUUUAUUUGAAGAAGAUACAAAGAAGAGGUCAUAUAAAAUUGUAAAUUUGUUAAAAGAAUUACCGACUUAUGAAGUUCUAUAUAAAAGAAAUAAAAGAAAUAAUAAUGAAACAUGUCCAAGAUGCAAUAAUGAAAUAGAAGAUUGGUUUCAUAUUUGGAAAUGCGAAAGAAAUGAAGCCACGAUAGAAGAAAUUUUAUGAGACAAUAUUUGAGUACGAAGAAAAAAUUAAUAUUAGAAGAUAAAAAGAAGAAUUGGAGAUACCACGUGUUAUUCUACUUUUUCAUCAUGCUGAUAUUUUUUUAUUAAGCUAU